UUAUUUACUUCGACGUUGAUUACAAGAGGAAAAUGGAUGACGUCGCCAGCGCGCAAAGCGAAAAUGAAAAUUUGCGUAAAAUUCGUAAUCGUUUGAUGAAAUGGGAGUCCCAGAGCGAUCCACUGGCAGCGCUAAGCGCACAGCAGGAGGAACAUUUGGAGGUGCUCACCAAUUUGUGGAACGACGACGAAAUGAUGGUGACAUCGGGGUACACACGCACCGAAGUGUACACCGCAGUGGAGGAUAGGACCGAAGUGGAAAAGCAGCUGCCCCCAGACGGUCUGCAGAAUAUGAGUGAUUUUCUGCUCUGGUUUGUGAACGUAAACACGGAGAUCGAGCUACGUGGCGAUGCAAACUACCACAAGUAUUUGCAGCAGUUGCAGCAACGCAAGGCGGAAUGUGCUCAUAUGCUCGAGCAAAUCUCUGUGGCCAUGGAUAGACUGAGUGCGCUGAGCGCUGAGUACGAAUUUGUUUCGCAAAAAACUAGCGCUCUGAACAUGGCCAGCGAGCAGUUGAUUGACGAGCAGCAAAAGCUCCAAGAGCUCAGCAACGAAAUUCAGCGACGUUUACAUUUCUUCAGCCAAGUGGAGUUGCUCAACCAGCGCCUGCAAAGUCCCACUUUGUCCGUGGCGAGCGAAGCAUUCCGCGAAUGUCUCAACAAAAUCGAUGACUGCCUGAAUUAUCUAGCAGAGCAUCCUAACUUCAAGGAUGCAACUGCCUACAAUUUGAAGUAUAAGCAGUGCCUAGGAAAGGCGACGGCUCUGGUGCGUAACUAUAUUGUAAAUGUCAUCAACCAAGCGACGGAGGCGACUUUACAUCCACGCAAUAACAGCAACGAUGCCUCGCUGCAAGCACCCGAUGCUGCGUUCGCCCUUUACUAUGGCAAAUAUCAAUCAGCUGCCGCAAAAGUGAAGCGUGUGGCACAACUCAUCGAGUCACGGUUGGAGCAGAGCAACAGCAGCGAGUAUAGCCAGCUAAUGACAGAUUUGCAACAGCAUUACUUGGCACAGCGUGCAAGUGUCAUGUCUCCAGCUGUCAACCAAUCUAUACAAAAUGUAAAAAACGCCCACAAGGGCGAUCAUUGUUCGCUAACACGCAGCGCGUGUGCAUUUCUCGUUCACGUCUGCCAAGAUGAGCAGCGUUUGUAUUAUCAGUUCUUCGGCACUGGCGCAACGCAUCUAACCGUUUAUUUAGAGGGUUUGUGCACCAUUCUCUAUGAUACCUUGCGUCCUUUUAUUAUCCACAUCAAUCACUUGGAAACGCUUGCAGAGAUCUGCUCCAUCUUGCGCAUUGAAAUGCUUGAGGAGCAUGUGCAACAGAAUCCCAGUGGACUGGAAGCCUUUGCGACCAUAGCUAAUCAGCUGCUGCAGGACGUGCAGGAGCGCUUGGUAUUCCGUGCACAUUUGUAUUUGCAGUCCGAUAUACAAAACUAUAAUCCAUCAACGGGUGAUUUGGCCUAUCCAGAAAAGCUGGAAAUGAUGGAGAGUAUUGCUUUGUCUCUGCAAGAGCCAGUCCAGCUGCGUCGCUCGGAUUCGCGUGCCUCCAUGAUGUCUAGUGAAGCAGAGAGCGUGGACACCGCCUACAAAGUCAAACAAAUGAACUCGCCCGCUGAUUUGCAUGGCAUGUGGUAUCCAACGGUGCGACGCACAUUAGUCUGCCUCUCGCGAUUGUAUCGCUGCGUGGAUCGACCCAUCUUCCAGGGUUUGUCUCAAGAAGCACUCAAACUUUGCGUACAGAGCGUGUCGCAGGCAGCGGCUAAAAUCUCAGCAGCCAAAACACCGAUUGAUGGCGAGCUCUUUGAGAUUAAACACUUGCUCAUAUUGCGCGAACAAAUCGCCCCGUUUCGUGUUGAUUUUACCAUUAAGGAAACAUCGCUGGACUUUAGCAAGGUGAAGACGGCGGCCUUCGGAUUGUUGCAGAAGCGCAAGCAGCUCUUCUCCAUGGGCAGCAACAAUGCGCUGCUUGAAUUUUUGCUCGAGGGCACGCCACAGAUCAAGGAGCAUUUGCUAGACUCGCGUAAAGAAGUGGAUCGACAGUUGAAGACAGUUUGUGAGCUGUAUAUCAAAGAUGCGGUACAUAUGCUUGUGGGUCCGCUCAUCACAUUCCUGGACAAGGCACAGGCACUGCUGGCAACGAAUACCACAACUCCGGAGACCACAGCAGGCAAAAUCAACUAUGUGCUGCGACAAAGUAGCUGGGCGAGUCCACAGCAAAUCAGUAGCAUUAUCCAGGAGACACAGCGUCUGAUCAAGUCCAAGUUGGCGGUGCUGCAGCGUGCGAUGCAGCUAUAUCUGAGCAAUCGUGAUACAGAGUUUAUAAUUUUUAGACCUAUACGAAACAACAUAAUUCAAGCAUUUGUGAAACUGGAACAAUUGCUGACAACAAAUGGUUAUUCGGCUGAUGACAUGAUAAUCACGAGCUGUCCCUCUGCUGAGCAGGUUUCAAUUUUAUUGUCAAGUGCCAGCAUUUUAGCCGCCGAAGGCGUGGCAAGCUUUGCAGCCGCAGCACGAAAGAUAAGCACAUCGUCAUCUGUGGAAGGAGCCGCGACUGCUCGGAAGCUGAGCACCAUAUCUAACAAGGCGGAGCAAGCCCAAGCUGUAGUUAUAGAGGAGCCGGAAGUUGAGCCAGCGGAGACAGAUGCUAAGCAGAACAUAGUUCCAGAACAACCAGCGAAUGUUUCUGUAGAACAAGUCGCUAAUGAGGAGCAAGUCACGGUGACUAGCACUAAUUAGUAUGCAAUAUAUAUAGUCUCUAUGUAACCCUACCCUUACCCUAUGUAUGUAUUUAUAAAGCUAAGGCAUUUCAACAUGUA